GCUGUUUCGAGAUGAUGAGAAGGCUCAGUACCAGGAGCAGGGGCGACACCUUAUUCCUUGGAUGGGAGACCCCAAGAUCAUGAUCGAUAGGUCGGUGCAACCCAACCCCCAGCCUCUGCUGCAAGAUCUCCUGUUAUAGCCUCUUUCUGUUCCUCCCCUUAUGCUGUGGGCAAGUGAGGGGGGGAUGUGUGAAAGAAGGAGGGCUCGCUCUGGCAGGCGUGUGGGGGUUUUCUUCACUGGCAGAGUUGGAAGGCUGCUCCUCCUGAUAGUUUUUCAGAUGCUUGUUUUGUAAUUUCAUGGAGCCUUUCCCCCUGGCAAGGGGAACUUUGGGGUUCCCCUCUCUGACAGCUUCGUGAGUUUCCCCUGAACCCUUCUGAUAAUGAGUGUGUUUUGAGGCUUCCUCUUCCACUUGAUAGGGUAGAGUUUGCAGGAUGAAUGGAGAAUAGGAAUGAGCUACUGUUUUUCAUGCAAACCCCAAAGAUCAUCUUUUCUCACUUGGAAGCUAAAGGAGUUUUAUUGCAUGGGAAUACUUAUUAGACAUCUAAUGUUUAUGUCUCCUAAGCAAGUAGAGUGCAAUAUGUGGAGUGGAAAGAUACUUAUCCACCUAACUUAUUUCUCCUACAUAAUCUGGCUGCAAGCUAUUGAUGGAAUCCCUCCAGAGCAAUUCUUGACCGGAUAGCUUUCUUCUUGUGCUGCGAGUUACUGCAUUAGAUAGAAUGGCUCUGUAUUUUGGAGUUGCUUUGUCUUCAAAUUCGAUGUCAGGUGUGGUUUUUUUUUUUUUUUUUUUUUUUUGGUUUGUUUUUUGUUUUGUAGCAGGUGCUGGUUUAUGGCCUGAGAGACUAAUAGAAUCUUUGUGGGGUUUGGGGGAGUCUUUCCAAUAAUAUUAGCAGUGCAAGAUGGGAUUUAGACAUUUUAUUCAGAAUAAAUUUUCUGCAUAUUUUUGUGGAGGGAGAUAAGAAAUCAGAUUGGGUAUAUUUGAGAGGAGCACUUGAAAGCAAAAUUUAAGAGGAGUUGUGGCUUUCCCUGAAAACCUCUUUGGGAAAGGUGGAAGGAUUUUGGUUUGAAAAGGAUCACAUGACAUACUAUAACAUUUGUUCCCUCCAUUUCAUCAGUGUUUUGGUAUUAAACAUGAUUUGUCAUGUUUCAAUUUUAACAUGUAUUUGGCUUGGGAAAAAAGAAUAGUAAGUCUUUUUAUUGCAUUCCAGAAGACUGGAGAAAUUGUAUUGAAUUUUCCCCUAAUAAUGAUUUUUAUGAUUGAAGUUAAUUGCCACAUUGAAAUAAAUACAAAAAUAGAAGAAAAAAUAAUCAUAGACAUGUUAGUUAUGUUUUGUUUUUUAUAUCAGAAUAGAAAUGUUAAAAUGUUUGUCUUCUAGUGGCAAUUCACUUCUGUGACAGAUUACGUUAGCAGGUAGAGGCAUUUUUAUCGUUCUGCGCAACACUAACGCAGUUUAGAGUAGCUACAGAAAUUGUUGGGAGCAAAAACUAAGUAUGUGCAUGUAUAUGCAUAUAAUACCAAAAAAUGCAAAUAACCUGCAUUUGUAAGUUAAGGAAGUUUGCAUUUACUAAUCCUAUAAACUCCUUUGGAAGCUUAGAUUUUUUUUUAUCUCCAGCAGCAGAAAGUCUUCAUUUUCACCUGUUGAGAAAAAAACACAUUGCUAUGAGAAGACAUGGGUUGAAGUUUGCCUGUGGACAGAGCUUGAUUAACCAGACCUACAUGUUUAAUUAACUUUUGCUAUUAGAAUAUUUACUUUCUUUGUUUUUGGUCUAGCAAGUUGGCACAAGUCAAGAGUUGUGUGUGGGAAGACACCUCAGCGGAGUCGAGCUUACUGUCACUUUACUUUUCAAUCAGUUUCUUUUACUGAUGCAUAAACAUUGUCCCAGUGCAAUGUUCUUCCUGCAAAUAAAAUUAUUUUUACUUAGUAGAAAGGAACUGUACAUCAUUGAUCUUUGCCGUUUUUACGGUGAACCUCCUUAAAUUGCAUGUAUAUGUUACUGUUCCUAUGUAUGUGUGUCUCUCUAUCACAUAACCCAGAACUUAUUUCCUCAGCCAAAUGGCUAGGGGCCGAGCCUAGCCAUGAUUUUACCUCCAAUGGACGCAAGUUUCUAUGGUGAAGAUAUCUCCUGAGAGUUCGGGACUAGCAGAAAGAAGCGAGGAAAUUUCGACCGUUUGGUUCUUACGGAUAGGUAUGAUGGGCGUGGUCACCUGCAUGACCUUUCUGAAUAUGAUGCUGAAUAUUCCACGUGGAACAGAGAUUAUCAAUUGUCUGAAGAGGAAGCUAGAAUAGAUGCCCUCUGUGAUGAAGAGAGAGGAGGAAUAUAAGAGACUGAGUGAAGCUUUGGCAGAGGACGGUACAUAUAAUGCAGUGGGAUUCCGUUAUGGCAGUGAUUAUUAUGACCCUUCAGAACCCACUGAGGAGGAGGAGCAUCAGCCUGCAAAACAAAGAGAAACAGUUCAGACAGAAAAUGUAGAAGAAAAUGAGGAACCUUUUGUUGCGCCUUCAGGAUUGAAUGUACCUUCUGAUGUGGAAUUGCCACCAACAGCAAAAAUGCAUGCAAUUAUAGAACGAACUGCAAACUUUGUUUGUAAGCAGGGAGCACAGUUUGAGAUUAUGCUAAAAGCCAAGCAAGCACGCAACUCCCAGUUUGACUUCUUGCGAUUUGAUCACUACCUCAAUCCUUACUACAAAUUCAUUCAGAAAGCUAUGAAAGAGGGACGAUAUGCUGCACCUUCUGAAAAUAAAACAGAAGAGAAAAAAAAUUCAAGAGCUAAAUCCGAGGAAGAUGAUGACGACGACGACGACGAUGAUGGAAACUAUCUGCAUCCAAGUCUCUUUGCAUCUAAAAAAUGCAGUAGGCUUGAAGAGCUCAUGAAGCCUUUGAAGGUAGUGGACCCUGAUCACCCCCUUGCAGCAUUGGUCCGCAAAGCACAAGCAGAUAAUAACUCAUCUACACCACAGUCAACAGAUGGGGCAGCUGUACAGACAUCACAAGUAGAGUAUUCUUCUGAUUCAACUGUGGCAGCCAUGUAUUACAGUUACUACAUGCUACCUGAUGGAACCUAUUGCCUCGCGCCUCCACCUCCAGGAAUAGAUGUUGCCACCUACUACAAUGCAUUGCCUGCGGGGGUGACUGUAUCGAGCACUACAGGGGUAGCAACAGUGCCUCCACCCCCUGGUACUACACCUCCACCUCCCCCAGAAACAACUGAUAGCAGCAGUGGGUUGACUUCUACCACAACUUCUACAAGCACAAUUGCUCCAGUGGUUGCCAUUAUACCUCCACCCCCAGAUAUCCAGCCUGUUAUUGACAAGCUAGCUGAGUAUGUUGCUAGGAAUGGAAUAAAAUUUGAAACUAGUGUUCGUGCCAAGAAUGAUCUUAGAUUUGAGUUUCUGCAGCCAUGGCACCAAUAUAAUGCUUAUUAUGAAUUUAAAAAACAGUUCUUCCUUCAAAAAGAGAGCAGCGACAACUCUCAGGGAGUAUCUUCAUCUGAAGACGUUCCAGUGGAUACUGCCUGUGAUACGCCAAGUGAGACUCAGUUUGCAGAUGAACAUACACCUGAAGAUGCAUCUGAACCAAGUGCUAAGGGAGUUCCAGGAAGUAAGAAGGAUGUUCCUCCUCCUAAAACCAUCAGUGACGGUAAACUGGUGAAAGCAUCAUUUGCUCCAAUAAGCUUUGCAAUCAAGGCCAAAGAAAAUGACCUUCUUCCCUUGGAGAAAAACCGUGUUAAAUUAGAUGAUGACAGUGAUGAGGAAGAAGAGGAGGGCAAGGAAGGCCAAGAGAAUGCUAAUAGUGCUUCAAAUCAUACUCCAGCUGUUACCACUCCCUGCACUGCUACUGAAGAGAAGAAACCUCAACUUACACAGGAGGAGUUGGAAGCUAAACAAGCUAAGCAGAAGCUAGAGGAUAGAUUAGCUGCUGCAGCAAGAGAGAAGCUUGCACAGGCCUCCAAAGAAUCUAAGGAAAAGCAGCUACAAGCGGAACGCAAAAGGAAAGCUGCACUGUUCUUGCAGACCCUGAAAAAUCCUCUGGCAGAAGCAGAAGUUGAGAAGAUUGAAGAGAAUUCCUUUAAUAUUGAGAGUGUCAGUAGCAUACCAUGUCCCGUCACGGCAGUAAGAACUUUACCUACUUCAGAAGUUAAACAAGCUGAAAGGCCUUUGAGCAAAAGCAAAGAUCCUCCUAGGGAUGAAGAAAAAGAAAAGAAGAGAAAGAAACACAAGAAAAGAUCUCGGACGAGAUCUCGAUCGCCUUCCAAGUAUCAUUCGUCGUCUAAGUCCAGAUCUAGAUCACAUUCAAAAGCAAAGCACUCACUUCCUACUGCUUAUAGAACUGUCAGACAUUCAAGACUCACAGCAUCCACAGGGACACUGAGCAUGGAACCGAGUCUGAGCAGCUCAUCAAUGGCAGCAGCAACAGAGCGAGAAAAUUAUCAGUCAGCUUCGACAACGAAAAGAUUUGACUGCUGGAGCUCUUUUGAGGGAAAUCCUGGUAAAAUGUCAAGGUCACGGUCAAGGUCACCUAGGAGGAGGGCUCACACACCAGAAAGGCGGAGAGAGGAAAGGAGUGUUCCAACAGCCUAUCGCAUUAGUAAUAGUCCUGGAAAUAGUAGGAAACGCACACGUUCCAGAAGUCCUCAUGAAAAAAAGAAGAAGAGGCGGUCUAGAUCACGUACCAAAUCCAAAGCUAGGUCUCCUUCACCAUCUGUGUCCCCAGGCAAACCAUCCACACACAAAAAUUCUGUACAUUCAACUAGUGUCUCUCCUGUGGAGAGUAGGGAAUCCAGCCAGGAACGCUCCAGGGGAGUUUCUCAGGAAAAAGAUGGCCAGAUCUCAUCAGCGAUUGUUUCUUCAGUGCAGAGUAAAAUCACUCAGGAUCUUAUGGCCAAAGUGAGAGCAAUGCUUGCAGCUUCCAAAAACAUACAAACUAGUGCCUCCUGAGACCUGUUGAACUGAGCAUCAAGAAAUUAUGUGGGGGAAAAAAAACAAUAUAAAAAACUGCCUCAUCUCAAAUGUACAGCUGAGCUUAGCUCACUUGGUUCACAACUCCCUUGUCUAAUAUUAUCAGAACUUAAGGAGCUAAAACCUAUCUUUCUGUACAGAACUGUCUCCUUGGAAUUUCAUUGAAUUUUUUCAGCCAGAAUCUCUUUGGAAUGUUUUUGGUUUUUGUAAAUUGAUUUUUUUGACUAAUUCUUCAGUAACAUUUUAUGAUCAGCAGUCUAUAUGUGUAUAUUUGUAAAUAUCAUGUUUCUGUGAUAAGGUAUUACACAAUAAUAAAGAAGGAUACGCCUUUCAUUA